AAUUCACAUCUGCAGCAUCUGCACUCACCAACUAAUUUCUGCCACUGACCAAAGAAGCUGUCUGCAAGAACCACUAAAAGAUGACAACUUACACUGACAAAGGUGAAAAGCACGAGCAGGGCAGGUUUGUCUGCUUCGACCACAUCACUUUCUGGGUUGGAAAUGCCAAACAGGCAGCAUCUUAUUACUGCAAUAAACUGGGGUUUGAGCCCUUGGCGUACCGUGGGCUGGAGACAGGCAGUCGUGAUGUUGUGUCUCAUGUGGUGAAACAAGGGAAGAUUAUUUAUGUCUUCACCUCUGCCUUGAAUCCUGGUAAUAAAGAGAUAGGUGAUCACCUGGUGAAACAUGGAGAUGGUGUUAAAGAUGUAGCUUUCACUGUAGAGAACUGUGACUUCCUGGUAGAGAAAGCAAGAGAACGAGGUGCCAUUAUCAUUAAAGAGUCUCAUGUUGUGGAGGAUAAGUUUGGCACUGUGAAGCUGGCAGUACUUCAGACAUAUGGUGACACCACUCAUACUCUUUUAGAGCGGACAGGAUAUAAUGGGCUCUUCCUCCCAGGAUUCUAUGCUCCUCUGUUCUGUGACCCUUUCUUGGCAAAACUGCCAAGCGGGAAGCUGGACUUCAUUGACCAUGUGGUUGGAAAUCAGGCAGACAAUGAGAUGGUGCCAGUAGUAGAGUGGUAUCAGAGGAACCUGCUGUUCCACAGAUUCUGGUCUGUAGACGACAAGCAGUUACAGACUGAAUACAGUGCGCUGCGCUCCAUAGUGGUGGCCAACUAUGAAGAAACUGUGAAAAUGCCCAUCAAUGAACCAGCCCUGGGAAAGCGCAAGUCCCAGAUCCAGGAGUAUGUGGAGUACUAUGGUGGCCCAGGGGUUCAACACAUUGCCAUGAACACCUCUGACAUCAUUACAGCAAUCCGUAACCUAAAGGAACGUGGUAUGGAGUUCAUGUCAGUGCCAGACACUUACUACCAGCAGCUCAAGGAGAAUCUGAAGCUUUCCAAAGUCAAAAUUGUUGAGGACAUGAGCAUACUGGAGGAACUUAAAAUCUUGGUGGAUUAUGAUGACAAUGGCUACUUGCUCCAGAUCUUCACUAAACCAGUACAGGACAGACCCACCGUGUUUCUAGAGGUCAUCCAGAGACACAACCAUCAAGGUUUUGGUGCUGGAAAUUUCAAAUCUUUGUUUGAGGCUAUUGAAGCUGACCAGAAAGCCAGAGGAAACCUCACCAUCCUUACACCCAAUGGCACAUCCGAGAAACUCUGAAUAGGCUAUUCAUAAUAAAAGCAUGGUGGACACAUUGAAAUACGCACAGCACAUGAUAUGCUUUGUCAUAUUUUUGAUGGUUUUUAAGUAUCGGCCAUUAUAAUAAAGAGUUGUGUAAAGUCCAUUUUCAGAGAGUAAAAGUCCUCCUCAGUAUUUUUGUUCCAAUCACCUGAAUCUGCUAAUAGAUAAUUAUAAUAAUUAUUCCACCCAUGUACUCAGCCAGCUGAUUUCACUAAUUCAAACACAUAGCAGGACUUUUACUUUCUGACCCCUGAACUUUCCACCUGACCUAUGUACAAUGCCACGUGUUUAUUUACAAUUGCAAACAGUCACUAUGCAUCACCUGACAAAAUUACAGCUUGAUUAUAAAGGAAGCACAAUAAAAAAAAUUUCUCUUGAUUUUUCUUC